AUGAACAGCAGCGGCCUGCCCUGCUCGUCGCCGUCGCCGGUGGUGGGGCCGCCGCCGCCGGCGGCGGGGGUCGGCGUCGUGGGGGCGGGGGCUGGCUGUGGCGGCGGCGCCGUGAAGCUGAAGUUCUGCCGUUACUACGCCAAGGACAAGACCUGCUUCUACGGCGAGGAGUGCCAGUUCCUGCAUGAGGAGCCCGGCGCCGCCUCUGCCGGCCCGGGGCCCGCCGCCCCCCUCGGCGGGCUCCCGCUCGGCAUCCCCCCGGCCGCCGCCGCCGCCGGGCCUGGCUACCCGCCGCACGGGGCCAGCCCGGGCCCGGCGGCGGCGGCGGUGGUGGGGCCUAAGAAAGCCGAGAUGGGGGCGGGAGGCGGCGGCGGCGGAGGCGGCGGCGGGGGGCUGGAUGGCCCGCGGCUGGCGACUGAUAUUUUUUUUGUAGGAGUGGGUCUUCAGGAAGGAUUUGAAUGUCCAGAAAAUAGUGACCUUGGGGACCCACUCAGUUCCAUGUGUAAGGAACUACCUAGAAGCAAAUUGAGACUGCUGCGGGAAAAGUGGACAAAUGUUCCUGGAAUAGAUGGCGGUGGGUUAGCUGAUGCUAGUCUCACAGAUUCCUACUUUAGUACCAGCUUCAUUGGCGUUAAUGGAUUUGGAAAUCCCGCUGAAACAAAGUAUCCCAUGAUGCAGAGGAUGACAAAUAGCAGCAGCUCCCCUAGCCUUCUCAAUGACAGUGCCAAGCAGUAUGCAGGCCAUGAUCCACUAUCUUCACCAAAUUCAUCCUUGUUUAAUGACUUUGCUGCCCUCAGUGUGUCUCAGAGGAGGAAGCUGGCAAAACCAGCGUUUCCUUCGUUUAUCACUGACUUGGAGGACAGAUACAAUACAGUCUUGCCCAGGAAGUAUCGACUGGGGAUGCUGGAUGAGAGGAUAGUUCCAGUGGGAUCAAAAGCAAGAAAAUCAAAGAACCCUAUUGGCUGUCUGGCUGACAGAUGUAAAACAGGAGUACCCAUCAAUAUGGUUUGGUGGAACAGAGUCACAGAAAACAAUUUACAGACACCAAAUCCUUCUGCAAGUGAGUUUAUUCCUAAAGGAGGAUCAACCUCCAGGCUGAGUAAUGUAUCCCAGUCAAGUAUGUCUGCCUUCUCUCAAGCCUUGUUCUCUCACCCCUCCAUGGGAAGUCCUGCUGCUGCUGGGCUAGCACCAGGAAUGUCACUGUCAGCAGGAUCUUCUCCUCUUCAUUCCCCCAAAAUAACUCCUCAUACAUCUCCUGCUCCUCGAAGAAGAAGUCAUACUCCUAACCCAGCAAACUAUAUGGUGCCUACUAGUGCCUCUGCUUCUGUUGCUAAUGCUGUCUCUCAGCCUCCAUCUACUGGCCAGGUGAUCCAGAAGGAAACAGUGGGUGGAACAACCUACUUCUACACUGAUACAACUCCAGCACCUGUCACAGGAAUGGUAUUUCCAAACUACCACAUUUACCAUCCAGCUGCACCUCAUGUUGCUUAUAUGCAGCCAAAAGCAAAUGCACCUUCCUUCUUCAUGGCAGAUGAGCUCAGACAGGAACUGAUCAACAGACACUUAAUAACUAUGGCCCAGAUUGAUCAGGCUGAUGUUCCUGGUGAGUCAGUUCCUGCGGAAGUGGACAGCUACCACAGUCUCUUUCCUUUGGAACCACUGCCACCACCCAAUAGGAUACAGAAAACAAGCAACUUUGGGUAUAUUACAUCAUGCUACAAAGCUGUAAAUAGUAAAGAUGAUCUGCCCUAUUGCCUUCGGAGGAUACAUGGUUUUCGUCUUGUUAACACGAAGUGCAUGGUACUGGUUGACAUGUGGAAAAAAAUUCAGCACUCAAAUAUAGUCACUUUGCGUGAAGUGUUUACCACAAAAGCAUUUGGAGAACAUUCUCUUGUGUUUGCAUAUGAUUUUCAUGCUGGAGGUGAGACUAUGAUGAGCAGACACUUCAAUGACCCUAGUGCUGAUGCUUAUUUCACAAAACGAAAAUGGGGUCAGCAUGAUGGACCUCUACCACGGCAGCAUGCUGGAUUGCUUCCAGAGUCUUUGAUAUGGGCAUAUAUUGUGCAGCUCAGCUCUGCGUUACGAACCAUUCAUACGGCAGGACUGGCAUGUCGAGUUAUGGAUCCAACAAAGAUUCUUGUAACAGGCAAAACAAGGUUACGAGUUAAUUGUGUUGGAGUCUUCGACGUUUUGACAUUUGACAACAGUCAAAAUAAUCCACUGGCAUUAAUGGCUCAGUUUCAGCAAGCAGAUCUGAUCUCCUUGGGGAAAGUUGUGUUGGCUUUGGCCUGCAAUUCUUUGUCAGGAAUUCAGAGAGAGAAUUUGCAGAAAGCAAUGGAACUGGUGACAAUCAACUAUUCCUCUGAUCUGAAGAAUCUAAUUUUGUAUCUGCUGACUGACCAAAACAGGCUUCGCAGUGUAAAUGAUAUCAUGCCAAUGAUUGGUGCACGAUUCUAUACUCAGUUGGAUGCUGCUCAAAUGCGAAAUGAUGUUAUAGAGGAAGACCUUGCAAAGGAGGUGCAAAAUGGAAGGUUGUUUAGGCUUCUAGCGAAACUGGGAACAAUCAAUGAGAGGCCAGAGUUUCAGAAGGACCCAACAUGGUCAGAAACUGGAGACAGGUAUUUACUAAAGCUCUUUCGAGAUCACCUCUUCCAUCAGGUGACAGAAGCGGGUACUCCUUGGAUUGACCUCAGUCACAUUAUCUCAUGUCUUAACAAGUUAGAUGCUGGUGUGCCAGAAAAAAUAAGCCUCAUUUCCAGAGAUGAGAAGAGUGUACUUGUGGUAACUUACAGCGAUUUAAAACGCUGCUUUGAAAAUACUUUUCAAGAACUGAUUGCAGCCGCAAAUGGUCAGUUGUAGUAUUUGCUGAAAGCAUGCAGGACAUUGCUGAGGAACUUAACCAAUAGCAAAUUGCACUACAGCUGAAUUGUUGUUGUCAUCUCAUUUCACAUUUGGGAAACAAACAGGAGAUGAGCAAAGCUGCUUGCACUUCAGUCAGGUACACUGUUACUUGAAGGGAAGAAUGUUUCACUUAUCCUAGAGCUAAGGCUGCCAUUGGAGGCUUUAUCUGUGAAGAAUUUAUUUUAGAUUAAGGAACACAUCAGGUGCAUGAUGUUCCUGCUUUUAUUUUUUCCACUUGUAUAUGCACUAAUUUUAAUUUUUUUAAGACUUUUCUGAUCUCUGAAGUUUUGCCACAUUGUAUACUUAAGGGAAACUCUUUGCAAGGACAUUUCUGGGAUACAUUUUUGUCACUGAGGAUAUAGCAAAAUUUAUUCAUUUUUGAUAUUAUUUGCACCCAGAAUAGCAUAAAGGACCAGGUAAAUAAUUUAAUAGAAAUUGCGUUCUCUUAAUGCCCAUUUAGUUCAUAACCUCUGUAAAAGUGUGUUGUAUGCAAGCUCUGUAUGCCACCCACUGUUAGCUCACAGAAAUGUGAGAAGGCGAAACUUUUUAAAACCAGUCAAGUGAAGUGUCAGUGAAUUGACAAAAGAGGAAAGAAAGUCCCCUGCCAUUUGAUUUAAACUUUGUCUAAGCGAAGUGACGAAAAUAACAUAACGGGAAACAUCUAUAAUUUACAGAGCAUAUCAAACCUGCUCUAAACACAACCAGCGCCUUUUAAAAACUGUUUGUGUGUUUUCCUGCUAGUCAGAAGCAU